AAACCUGAUUUGGUGAAAGAGCUAAACUUCCCUGGUCGAGCAUUUGGGUCUCACGUCCCUUUUGAUCGUUGUGCUUAAAAGGAGAAAUUGUCCUGCUGUGUUACACUGUAGAAUCCACCUAUUCAAACGGCAUCUUCUGGGUCUCUGCUCAAACGGACGUGGCCAACCCCAUCACCAUGGCAACACGACCCGCAAUUUCGUCAGCACGCAUGAACAACGCAACAAGCAUCAGUCCCCUGCACUCCCCGCUCGCACCCCCUUCAGCUUUCCCCUUCCCUUUCCACGCUCUCCCUCAGCGCCCGGCCCGAGAACCCCGGAUCUACGUUCGCCGUCCCAAGUCCUCUCUCCGUGAGGCGACAGGCGAGCCGACUGAGGACCUGGACGACGGCUUCUUCGAAGGUAACGGCUCGAUGAUGGAGGACGAGAGCGACGACGAAGAGGACGCAGAGAGCAGCGUCGAUUUGCUCAUCAGGUUCUUGCAGAGCAUGUUCAAGAAGGCGGCCCGGCGAGCCAAGAAGGCUUCUCGCUCCGUUUUGCCUGACUCGAUACCGCCGCAGCUGGUUUCCUUUGCGGUUGAUGGGAUUCUUCUACUGGCUUCACUUUCCAUUUUGAAGGCACUUCUUGAGGUGGCCUGCACUCUUGGUGGCUCUGUAUUUGUGGUGAUCCUCCUCCUGCGGGUGAUCUGGGCAGCUGUCUCGUAUUUCCAAUCUAAUGGGGGUGGCUUGAACCAAGGUGGGAAUACCUUUGGUGCGGCACGACCUAUAUGACAGACGGCUUCAUUUUGGGUUGAUGCAUCUCUCUUUGACAACUUCAGAAAUCUCCUUCCUUCAGCCUUGCUUAUGUCUAUAAGUUGAACCCCUGUCUGUACUCUGAAAAUUUAGGUUCUCAGGCAAUUGUCCAUCGGCUGUGAAUACAAGUAUUGCUGACGCUCAUAGUAUUUGAUAGUGGUUAUUAGUGAUUGUACUAAUUUCUGUCAUCCAUUAUAUUGGAAAGACAUCCAGUUCUCUUUUUAUAUUGUUGUAUGUAAAGCCAUCUGCUCUAUACCUUCAAACAUAAAGGAAAUUAUCUUGCUCUUGCUCUUU